AUGGCUUCCAAAGGACGUCGGUUAGCUCAAGGUGCCAUGGCAGGUAAAAAGGCCAUGGAAAAAAAAUCGAAAGAAGUUCAAUAUUUGAAAACAAUAAUUCCUUGCGGAAUGGCUGCUGCUGCCCCACCAUUAGGUCCACAACUUGGUCAGCUUGGUGUUCCAAUUGCAUCUUUUUGUCGAGAAUUCAAUGAAAAGACAAACCAUUUUAAACCUGGUAUUCCAAUGCGGACACAAAUCACAGUGAAUCCAGACCGUAGUUACAAGAUUGACAUGAUUUCCCCACCAUCAACAUAUUUCUUAAAACAAGCAGCAGGCAUUCAGAAAGCAGCUAUGAAAGGAGGUGAUGAAGUAUCUGGCAAAAUAUCAUUGAAACAUUUAUAUGAAAUUGCUAAAAUCAAAAGCGAUGAUCCAGGAUUUGCAGGAAUGUCUUUGGAAAAGGUCUGCAAAUGUCUGAUUGGAACUGCUCGUACUUGUGGAAUCAAAAUUGUGCCCUCGUUGGAUGUUGAAGAAUACAAGGAGUUUUUAACACAAAGACUUGAAUGGGUGAAGGAAGAAGAAAAACGAUUGGAAGAAUUAAGACAAGCCAAAAUGUUGAGAUUAUGA